GAUGAUAUAUUAUUUACUACCUCCAAAAGUUAGAAUAUUUACCUUUGGUAUUAUUUAUUAAUAUAAAAGAUUCCAGAAACAUUGCUUAUAAUAUCGUAAUCAAAAUAGUUACAGAAAAAAAUGCUUCAAAUAAGUGGUCAGUACAGAUUAACAUGUACAAGGCGGUUAUAUAAUAUGAAAGACUUGCUUUUAAAGAAGUGUACGGAGAAAUUUCACAAUAGUUGUUUCAUUCGACUUCCCAAUCAGUCUAUGUCGAAAACUAAGAUAAAGCAUUUUGCCGCUGAAUACAAAGCUGCUGUGAAUUUACUUGCUAGGUCUUGUGAUGUGUCACCAUUGAUGGUGCGAAGAUUACACUCAAAUAGUGUAUUUUUUACGUCGAAUAAGCCUCCGAAUGACAAGGACAAUGCCGACAGAACAAAUGGUAAAGACAAGAAUAAUGCUAAUAAAAAUGAGAACAACGAAAAAAAUGAAAACGAAGAUAAAAUGAAAUCAAUUCUCUCGAAAGCUUUACUUUGGAUGUUUACUAUUUACAUGCUCGUCGUCUUCUUGUCGCUAAUAAUUACACCUAGAGCAGAACGUCCUGAGGGUUCAACGAGAUAUGUUUCUUGGAAUGAAUUCGUACAUCACAUGUUAGCUACUGGCGAAGUUAAAGAACUCAUUAUACGCCCGGAUAUGGAGAUGGUAACGAUUAUUUUACAUGAAGGUGCCAUAAUUAAAGGAAAAAAGGUUACGUCCACAAUUUUCCACAUGGCUAUAGCCGAUGCAUCUAAGUUUGAAGAAAAAUUGCGGGAAAUCGAAUCAAGGCUUGGUAUUACUGAAGGUGUUGCUGUUACUUAUGAUAGACAUAGUGAUAUUACUGGACGUAUAAUGGUGUUAAUUUUGUUCUUCGCAUUGCUUAUGUCGAUCGCGUCAAGAAUGAAGGGUGUCCGAAGUCCUAUAAGCAUGGAUUCUUUUUCUCAAAUGGGUAGAGCGAAAUUUACUCUAGUCGAUCCUUUUGAAGGAGGAAGAGGAGUACUUUUUAAAGAUGUUGCAGGCCUACAGGAGGCCAAACAAGAAGUGAAAGAAUUUGUUGACUACUUGAAAGCACCACAAAAGUAUCAAAGAUUAGGAGCAAAAGUGCCCAAAGGGGCUUUGCUACUGGGACCACCUGGUUGUGGAAAAACAUUGUUGGCGAAAGCCGUCGCGACUGAAGCUCAAGUGCCUUUCCUAAGUAUGAACGGAUCGGAGUUCAUUGAAAUGAUUGGCGGUCUGGGAGCAGCAAGGGUACGAGAUCUUUUUCAAGAAGGCAAGAAACGAGCUCCAUGCAUAAUAUAUAUUGAUGAAAUCGACGCAAUCGGGCGGCAGCGAUCUGGAACUGAAAGCAUGGGCCAAGGUAGUUCUGGCGAAUUAGAACAAACAUUAAAUCAACUUCUCGUGGAAAUGGAUGGUAUGGCAUCCAAAGAAGGAGUACUUAUGCUUGCAAGUACCAAUCGUGCUGACAUAUUAGACAAGGCAUUACUUCGACCUGGUAGGUUCGAUCGCCAUAUACUGAUUGACUUACCCACUUUACAAGAACGUAAAGAGAUUUUUGAAAAACAUUUAUCUGAUAUAAAAUUGGAUUCUAAGCCUGCGCAGUUUUCGGGAAAACUUGCCAGAUUGACACCAGGAUUUUCAGGCGCUGAUAUUGCUAAUGUAUGUAACGAAGCUGCUUUACAUGCUGCCAGACAGUGUCAAACCAAGGUAUCGGCAUCAAAUUUGGAGUAUGCCGUUGAGCGACUUGUAGGUGGAACCGAAAAACGAUCACAUGCACUUUCACUGGUGGAAAGAAAAGUUGUUGCUUAUCAUGAAUCCGGGCAUGCUCUUGUUGGUUGGCUUCUCCCCAAUUCUGAUAUAUUACUAAAAGUGACAAUUGUGCCCAGAACAAGUCUUGCCUUGGGAUUUGCACAAUAUACACCAAGCGAACAGAAGCUGCAUAGCAAGGAAGAGCUUUUUGAUAAAAUGUGCGUUGCGCUUGGCGGCAGGGCUGCUGAAAAUAUAAUCUUCAAUAAAAUUACUACUGGAGCACAAAAUGAUUUAGAGAAAGUUACGAAAAUCGCAUAUGCUCAGAUAAAAAAAUUUGGAAUGAAUGCAAAUCUAGGGCCAAUAUAUAUAACAGACGCAGAGGAAAGCGGAAGUUUCAAUCACCCAUUUUCGGAAAACCUGCACAGGAUUAUUGACAAAGAAGCUCAAAAUCUAGUAAGCAGUGCAUACCAGAAAACAGAGGAACUAUUGAAAAAAAACUUGGAUAAAUUAGAAAAAAUGGCUGAAGCGCUGCUGGAGAAGGAAACUUUGUCUUAUGAUGAAGUAGUUACUCUGAUCGGACCACCAGCUUACGACGUUGCAAACAGAGCGUUAGAACCUGUUGAGUUCGAAAAGUCUUUAAAAAAUCUAGGAGAAAAAGAUGAGUAAUUUGAGUGAAUUACUUAGUGUUGACAUUUUAAAGUUUUGUGAAUAAAAGUUUUCAAAAAACAUU